GUCCAGCAGCAACAUGGAUGUUAGCAGAGUCUCUUUGUUGUGUAGAGAAAGUGUGUGUGAGCUCCAACAGUUCUGAUCCAUCAGAGCGUCUGUGUGUCUGGAUUAACCUGUCUGAAUGGACUUUGUGCUCUUCAGCUUUUAUUCUGAAGGUCUGACCUCUGACUCAUCUCCCGGUAGCCUACAAAGCUACUGAAGUUAGCUUAGCAUGCUAGCUGGUUAGCAACACAGCUGCUAGUCAGAGUGACCGUUUGAUGGAGAGCAAACUGUGUUUCUGACGGAGUCUGAUGGAGAGCAAGUUUCUGUCAUUGUGGUAAAAUGUGUAAAGUCCAGAUGCUGAGAGCGUUGGUGAAGCAGCGACUAACUGCGGCUGCUGAAGAGAUAUGUGGGCUGUUUGAAAGAACGAUAGCAGAGUACGAGGAGGAACUCUCUCGAUCAAAAGAGGAGAACGAGCGACAACAGAAACUACUGGACGCUGUUUUACACCCUCAGCUUCAGUUACACAGAGCAGUGUUUCCUGCAGACGUCCAGCAGCUGUUGGUGAGUCAAGAAGAGGUUCCCCCUGAGCAGCAGGAGUGGAGCUCCAGUCUGGACCAGGAGGACCCAGAGCCCCCACACAUUAAAGAGGAACAGGAAGAACUCUGGACCAGUCAGGAGGGAGAGCAGCUUCAAGGGCUGGAGGAGGCUGAUAUCAUCAGGUUCACAUUCACUCCUGUCCUUGUGAAGAGUGAAGAUGAUGGAGAGAAACCUCAGUCCUCACAUCUUCAUCAAAGACAAACUGAACAGAUGGAAACAGAAGCUGAUGGAGAGGACUGUGGAGGACCAGAACCAGCCAGGAACUCAGAUCCAGACGUCCAACAGCUGUUUGUGGUUAAAGAACAUGUUAUCCCUGAGCAGCAGGAGUGGAGCUCCAGUCUGGACCAGGAGGACCCAGAGCCCCCAUACAUUAAAGAGGAACAGGAGGAACUCUGGACCAGUCAGGAGGGAGAGCAGCUUCAAGGGCUGGAGGACGCUGAUAUCACCAAGUUCCCAUUCACUCCUGUUCCUGUGAAGAGUGAAGAUGAUGAAGAGGAACAUCAGUACUCACAGCUUCAUCAAAGACAAACUGAACAGAUGGAAACAGAAGCUGAUGAAGAGGACUGUGGAGGACCAGAACCAGCCAGGAACUCAGAUCCAGAUAGACAUCCAGAACCAGAUACUGUUCACAAGACUGGAGACUCUUCUGAACCUGAGACUGAUUACGGUGAUCAAUGGGAGGAGACCAGAGAACCUCAGUCAGGUUUAAACUCUCUGAAUAAUGAUGAAGUUCCUGUCAGUGAUUCCAGAUGUAGUGCUGACGUCCAGCAGCUGUUGGUGGUUAAAGAAGAGGUUCCCCCUGAGCAGCAGAAGUGGAGCUCCAGACUGGACCAGGAGGACCCAGAGCCCCCACACAUUAAAGAGGAACAGGAGGAACUCUGGACCAGUCAGGAGGGAGAGCAGCUUCAAGGGCUGGAGGAGGCUGAUAUCAAGUUCCCAUUCUCUCCUGUCUCUGUGAAGAGUGAAGAAGAUGAUGAAGAGAAAUCUCAGUCCUCACAGCUUCAUCAAAGACAAACUGAACAGAUGGAAACAGAAGCUGAUGGAGAGGACUAUGGAGGACCAGAACCAGCCAGGAACUCUGAUCCAGAUACACAUUUACAACCAGAUACUGUUGACAAGACUGGAGACUGUUCUGAACCUGAGACUGAAAACAGUGACGAAUGGAAGGAGACCAGAGAACCUCAGUCAGGUUUAAACUUUCUGAAUAAUGAUGGAGUUCCUGUCGAUGAUGGUGAGAAAAUAUUAAGCUGCUCUGUGUGUGGGAAAACAUUUGGCACCAAGGGGAAUCUGAAGAGACACAUGGGAGCUCACACAGGACAGAAACCUUUCAGCUGCUCAGUUUGUAAGAAAUCUUUUACACAGAGUGGAAAUAUACAGAAACACAUGAGAAUCCACACAGGAGAGAAACCUUUCAGCUGCCCAGUGUGUGAUAAAUCUUUUGUUGAAAGUGGAAAUCUGAAGACACACAUGAGAACUCACACAGGAGAGAAACCUUUCAGCUGCACCAUCUGUAAGAAAUAUUUUGCACAGAGUGUAACUUUACAGAAACACAUGACAAUCCACACGGGAGAGAAACUAUUCAGCUGCUCCGUUUGUAGGAAAUCUUUCGCACAGAGCGGAAGUGUACAGAAACACAUGAGAAUCCACACAGGAGAGAAACUAUUCAGCUGCUCAGUGUGUGGUAAAGGUUUCAAUGAAAGAAGAGAUGUGAAGAUACACAUGAGAUGUCAUACAGGAGAGAAACCUUUCAGCUGUUCGGUCUGUAAGAAAUCUUUUACACAGAGUGGACAUUUACAGACACACAUGAGAAUCCACACCGAGAAAACAUUGAGCUGCUCAGUUUGUGUUAAAAGAUUUGGCUGCAAGUCAAAUCUGAAGAGACACAAGGAUUUACACAGGAGAAAACUAAUUUUGCUUCUCAGAUUGUGGUAAAAUAUUCUAUUGCAAGGACCACUUAGUUAAUCACAUGAGAACCCACACAGAGGAGAAACCAUUCAGCCAGGAACUCAGCUCCAGAUAGACAUUUACAGCCAGAUACUGAUGACAAGAAUGAAGACUCUUCUGAACCUGAGACUGAUGACAGUGAUGAUGAUUGGAGAAAAAAAAAUAGUUCAGUCCUAACUGUCUAAAGUCGGUCUCUAGACAUUCUGAUAAAACUAUUAAUAUUAUUAAGUUCAAUGACGCGAACAUUGUCAACAACCAAUAGGAGCGCUCUCUCCAGUACCAAACAGGAAGCAGAAAACGGGGUAGAAAGUAAACAUGGAGGAACUGGUGAAGUUGUGGAGUGAACAAGACGUGUCCUCCCAUUUGUACCGCGAUAGAGUGGAGAAGGAAAAAAAGCUGCAGAUUCAAAAUCCCCACUGAGUAUGCUAAAUGCUAUAGCUAGCUAACUAACCACUGUCGCAAACGGUGCUACUUGCAAGCUAACGUGAGCUACUGGAAUGUUUGCUAUUAGCCUACGAGCUAACCGUACGUUUCAGCUGAAGAUUGCCGGCUUCAAUCAUAUAAAUCUGGCUGCAGUACUCGCUCUCUCUCUUUCUCUCAUAUAUAUCCAUCUGUGUGUGUAUUUAUACUUUUAUAGAAUAUCAUUAUAUUGUUUGUUUAUUUAGUCUAUGUUUGAAAUGAAUAAUGUUGAGGGGUGAGAGAUAGUUUUGCCAUGUGCAAUACUGGUUGAGAAACCAUUUUUUAUCUGCUGCCUCUCAUUUCAACUGCCCCCCAAUAAUAACAGUAACACUGUACCACGCAGAGAUGUUAAGUUUUAUUGUUACAGAAUAGUUAUUGUGAUAUAUAAAUGUGUGCAUCUUGUUUGGCUGGUGGCAGAGGGAAGAACAGCUGUGUUUUUUGUUGCUCAUUCAACAAAUAAGUCAUCAUGGCACAGUCAGAGGUGCUUUUGACCACCAUGUGAAGAGGCCACUUGCAAAAUGGAUAUCUCCAAUUGUGCUCAUUUCUCUAAACCAUGUUUUUUUUUCAGACGAAAUCAUAUAAAAACAGCGGUUGGCAAUAUUUGGUGUAUUUUGUAUUCAGAAAGUAUACGCUGUAAAGCGUUACAUACAACAGUUUGUUGUUUCUUUUAAAGGUUUUAAAUAAAUUUGAAAUGAGAAA